GGGGAUUCUGAUCUGUGACGAGUGCUGCAGUGUCCACCGGAGCCUGGGCCGCCACAUCUCCCAAGUGAGGCACCUCAAACACACGCCGUGGCCUCCAACACUGCUGCAGAUGGUUGAAACGCUGUACAACAAUGGUGCUAAUUCCAUCUGGGAACACUCUCUGCUGGACCCUGCCUCUGUCAUGAGUGGACGGCGCAAGGCCAGCCCGCAGGACAAAGUGCAUCCCAACAAAGCCGAGUUCAUUAGAGCUAAGUAUCAGAUGUUAGCGUUUGUGCAUCGCCUGCCGUGCCGGGAGGACGACAGUGUCACUGCCAAAGACCUCAGCAAGCAACUCCAUUCCAGUGUGAGGACAGGGAACCUGGAGACCUGUUUGCGACUGCUUUCCUUAGGAGCUCAAGCCAACUUCUUUCAUCCUGAGAAAGGAAACACCCCUCUCCAUGUUGCUGCUAAGGCGGGACAGACUCUACAGGCAGAACUGUUAACGGUUUAUGGUGCUGAUCCUGGCACACAAGAUUCCAACGGGAAAACUCCAGUUGACUAUGCAAGACAAGGGGGGCACCACGAGCUGGCAGAGCGGCUGGUGGAGAUCCAGUACGAGCUCACAGACAGGUUGGCUUUUUAUCUCUGUGGCAGGAAACCAGAGCACAAAAACGGGCAGCACUUUGUUAUACCUCAGAUGGCAGACAGACGGCUCAGUCUGGAUGUAUCAGAACUGGCAAAAGCAGCCAAGAAGAAGCUUCAGUCUCUAAGCAACCACUUAUUUGAAGAACUUGCCAUGGAUGUGUAUGAUGAAGUUGACAGGAGGGAAACAGAUGCAGUUUGGCUUGCAACUCAGAAUCACAGCACACUUGUGACAGAGACCACGGUGGUCCCUUUUCUUCCCGUAAAUCCUGAAUAUUCCUCAACCAGGAAUCAGGGAAGACAGAAACUGGCUCGAUUUAAUGCCCAUGAGUUUGCUACACUGGUCAUAGAUAUUUUAAGUGAUGCCAAACGAAGACAACAGGGGAAUCCUCUCACUGGUUCCAAAGAAAAUGUGGAACUGAUACUCAAAUCAAUCAGCAAUCAGCACAGCAGUGAGAGUCAGGAUAACGACCAGCCUGAUUAUGACAGUGUUGCUUCAGAUGAGGACACAGAUCUGGAAACAAAUGCAGCUAAAUCAAACAGACAGAAGAGCCUGGAUUCAGACUUGUCAGAUGGACCAGUGACAGCCCAGGAAUAUAUGCAAGUUAAAAAUGCUUUGGUGGCUUCUGAGGUGAAGAUUCAGCAGUUAAUGAAAGUGAACAUCAACCUGAGUGAUGAGCUGAGGAUCAUGCAGAAAAAGCUUCAAACGCUACAGAGUGAAAAUACCAACCUCAGAAGACAGGCCACAACCAAUAUCUAUCAGGUCCAAAGUGGUUCUGAGUACCCAGACCCCACCACCAAUUCCUCCUUAAAGCGGCGCCCGUCGGCCCGGGGCAGCAGGCCCAUGUCCAUGUACGAGACUGGCUCGGGGCAGAAGCCCUACCUGCCCAUGGGGGAGGUCACCUACCCAGAGGAAAACAGCCCAAGGCUGCAGCCCUUCCCUCCACACAUCGGGAGGAGUGCGUUUGUGACCUCCUCUUCAUCUCUACCUUCCUUCCCCUCCACGCUUUCCUGGUCAAGGGAUGAGAGCACACGAAGGGCCUCAAAGCUGGAGAAGCAGAGCAGCGUGUCCGAGAGUGACUACGACAACCCCACCACCCCUGUGGAGCUGGAGGAGCCAGGGUCGGGCAGGAAGGGCCGGCAGAGGAGCAUUGUCUGGCAGGGGGAGGGAUCCAUCCCUGAGGACACAGACCCAGCCCCCAGCUCCAGUUUGCCCAGUACAGAAGAUGUGAUUCGGAAGACUGAGCAGAUCACCAAGAACAUUCAGGAGCUGCUACGAGCGGCACAGGAGAACAAGCAUGACAGCUAUAUACCGUGCUCCGAGAGAAUACAUGUGGCAGUAACAGAAAUGGCAGCUCUGUUCCCAAAAAAGCCCAAGUCGGAGCUGGUGAGGACGUCCUUGCGCCUGCUGACCUCCAGUGCCUACCGGCUGCAGUCGGAGUGCAGGAAGGCCCUUCCCGUGGAGAGCAGCCCCAGCACGGACAUCCAGCUGGUCACACAGCAGGUCAUCCAGUGCGCCUACGACAUCGCCAAGGCUGCCAAGCAGCUCGUCACCAUCACAACCAAAGAGAACAACAACUGAGUCACUCGGGGCUUCUUAGGCUUGUUUUUUAAAAGAUCCUGCUUGUGGGACUCCUCUGGAACCACCUGCACGGAUGGGAGGGCAGUGUCUGCCUCGCUCCGUCCAUCCUGGAGCCUCACCUGCCAGGAUCCCUCUGGAUGAGGCUCCGAAGGCUCCGGGACCCUCACUGCCAACCAGCAGGAAGGAGGUUUGUCAUCCUGGUAACGGGGUACAAGCCGAAUAUUCUCUCUUCCCAUAUCAACUGUUGUGCAAUAUGUUUUUAGUCUGCUAAACCAAUAGUAGUUGUGGGCAUCCAAGCUUGUUACGUGUAACUCUACAAGGUCUUUGUCACUUUAUCUGUUUUGGAAGGAAUUUGAAACUUAAUAGUUAUUUCUUUUAGUUGUCACUAUGCCAUUAAUAUAUAUGUUUGAUGUUACUUUUAGGGCAUUAGUGGUUAAAAUAUUAUCCUUUGUUUCUGAGUUAGUAAUUCUUUCUUAAGUUUCCUACAGAAUUUUCCUGUCAUCUUCAAGGCACCGUCUUGUUUGCAGCAGCCUUGCUCAGUAACUCCACAUCCAAUUUCACUUAAGGUUUCUGUGCUAAUUAACAAAAAAAGGAAGUUAGAAGAGUGCCAGUGCAAAAGCAGCUGUGUCUGCCAUGGUAUAUAACCUCUGUACCUCAACAUAUCCAAAUGUGAAAAUAUUUCUUAUAUCUCCGAAGUUUUUUAUGCAAAUCCUUCAAAAUUUGACAACUUACUGAGUAACCCCUGCCAGGCUGCCUGGCCCAAGGGUGGGUGGGUCCCCAGUGGCCACGUGUGCUCCAGGUUUCUUCAUUCCUAACAGUUCACAAAAGUGUAUCAGUCCAUAAUUUUAAAAAAGAGACAUUUUGGGAAUCUGAAUUUCAGGUGGGAGAGGAAAUCACUAAUUUUUGCUCUGCCUGUGUCCCAUUUGGAAUUGUGUUGUUACUGCCCAGGAGCUGCAGCAGGGGUUGGUUCCUUUUUAAAUUAUGGUGUGUUUGCAUGGAUAUCCAAACACAAGUGCCAUAACACUGCUGGAUUCCUGAUGCUGUAACUGCCUUCCAGAGUCUGAGGGAGGAAGGAAUGGAGAGAGGAGAUGACAACUCAGUAAAUUAAUGUUCUUCACUGUGGGGUUUUAUUUCCUUUCUGCCCUUCUGACUCCCAGAAGCAUCUGUAGCCUGAUGGGAACACAGGCAGGCUGAGAUUAGAACUGCAAAAGACCUUUUUGAAACCUCCUUCAAAAUCAUGCUCCUGGCAAUUAAAUAGUGAGAAUCUUCUAGGAACUUAAAUUGGAAUCACUGAAAGGCAGCAGCUGGUCUUUUUCAGUGUCUCAGGACACUUCUGUGUGCUGUUCUUUAACAUAUCUUACCUGCUUUCCAAAGCAGGGUGGCACUGAGUUAUGGUGUUAUUUAUCUCUUAUUUAAACCUGCCUUUGAUCCAAACCCAAGGGACACUUUGGUAACUGCCAGCCCUUGCUCCAGCUAUGCUGAAAUCAGAGGGGUUCAAACCCAGCAGGGGGAACCCACGAGCAGCAAGUUCAUUAACCCUCCCAUCACACAGCACUGCAGUCACAAAGUUUAUAGCACCUGAAACAACAAAGGUGGUUUUUUUUUCUUUUAUUACUAGAUCUCCUCUUGUUCCCCUGUAAACAAACUUGCUCUUCCUUUACAAAAUGCUGCAGAGGAAAGGAAAAGCUUUUUUGCCUUUUUUAAAUCCUUGUAUUUAUCAGUGUCAUUCUGUCUGUACAAUAUUUUGACCUAAUCUUUUGUUUACAGUAUUACUAUAAAAUGCUAAAACCCUUUCGGUGUGUGAAA